CUUCGUUUCGGAAUCAAGGAGGCACUCCGCACUUCGCUACCCCCCCCGUCGCCAGGUGGACCUACUCAGCGGUCAGCCUCCAGCUCUCCAGCUCCCAUCAUCGCAGCCAGCGCAGGCGUGAGCAGCGAUUAAAACAUACUUCCAGGGGAAAACGUCCAACUAGCUCGUGAAACCACCCGGUCCAGGGGGAAAUGACAAGCGAGCGACCGGUGACAAUGCCGGGCUCGGUGUCGCUCUCGGACCGACAACCUCCUCCAGGUCACGGGCAUCACGCGGCUGCAGUCUCCCCUGUCUCCGCGGAGACAAUGAUGAUGUCCGCCUCAGGUUCAAUGGUCUUCCCGGCUGGGAUUAUCAAUCCAUCGGUUCCGAUCCGGAAUAUCAAAAUGAAAUUUGCUGUUCUCAUCGGACUGAUCCAGGUUGGAGAGGUUAGCAACCGGGAUAUUGUUGAAACGGUGCUGAAUUUGUUGGUGGGUGGUGAGUUUGAUAUGGAGACAAACUUCAUUAUCCAGGACGCGGAAAGCAUUGGCUGCAUGGUGGAGCUGUUGGAGCACUGUGACGUCACCUGUCAAGCUGAAAUCUGGAGCAUGUUCACCGCCAUCCUUCGAAAAAGUGUUCGAAACCUGCAAACCAGCACUGAGGUGGGCCUUAUCCAGCAGGUGCUGCUCAAAAUGAGCUCGGUGGAAGACAUGAUUGCAGACUUGCUAGUGGACAUGUUGGGAGUGUUAGCGAGCUACAGCAUCACGGUGAAAGAACUGAAGUUGCUCUUCAGCAUGCUACGAGGGGAAGGAGGCCUCUGGCCAAGGCAUGCAGUCAAAAUGUUGUCAGUGCUGAAUCAAAUGCCCCAGAGACACGGGCCAGAUGCCUUCUUCAACUUUCCUGGUCGCAGUGCAGCAGCCAUUGCUUUACCUCCUAUUGCCAAGUGGCCUUAUCAGAAUGGGUUUACGUUCAACACCUGGUUCAGAAUGGAUCCCUUGAAUAAUAUCAAUGUUGACAAGGACAAACCAUAUCUCUACUGCUUUCGCACCAGCAAGGGCAUUGGCUACUCUGCGCAUUUUGUUGGCAACUGCUUGAUUGUGACAUCCCUCAAAUCUAAAGGCAAAGGUUUCCAGCAUUGUGUGAAGUACGAUUUUCAGCCCAGGAAGUGGUACAUGAUCAGUAUAGUUCACAUCUACAGCCGCUGGAGAAACAGUGAAAUCAGAUGCUACGUUAAUGGACAACUCGUUUCUUAUGGAGACAUGGCAUGGCACGUCAACACAAAUGAUAGUUAUGAUAAGUGCUUCCUCGGGUCCUCGGAGACAGCAGACGCUAACAGAGUGUUCUGCGGGCAGCUAGGAGCCGUCUACGUGUUCAGUGAAGCCCUCAAUCCCGCACAGAUAUUUGCAAUUCAUCAGCUAGGCCCAGGCUACAAGAGCACAUUUAAGUUCAAGUCGGAGAGUGAUAUCCACUUAGCAGAGCACCACAAGCUGGUGUUGUAUGAUGGCAAGUUGGCAGGCUCCAUCGCCUUCACCUACAACGCCAAGGCCACUGACGCCCAGCUCUGCCUGGAGUCCUCGCCUAAAGAAAAUGCCUCCAUUUUCGUGCACUCACCGCACGCCCUUAUGCUACAGGAUGUGAAAGCCACAGUCACUCACUCCAUCCACAGUGCCAUCCACUCCAUUGGUGGAAUCCAGGUACUCUUUCCCCUCUUUGCUCAGCUGGACUAUCAUCAGCUGAACGACAGCCAGGUGGAAACCACUGUAUGUGCCACUCUCCUGGCCUUUCUGGUUGAGCUGCUCAAGAGCUCUGUGGCAAUGCAGGAGCAGAUGCUGGGAGGAAAAGGCUUUUUGGUGAUUGGAUACCUGCUAGAGAAGUCAUCACGUGUACACAUCACCAGGGCUGUAUUAGAGCAGUUCCUCUCCUUUGCAAAGUAUCUGGACGGUUUGACACAUGGGGCACCACUGCUGAAGCAGCUGUGUGACCACAUCCUGUUCAAUGCUGCCAUCUGGAUUCACACCCCUGCCAAGGUACAGCUCUCUCUGUACACAUACCUUUCUGCUGAGUUCAUUGGCACGGCAACCAUCUAUAACACAAUUCGUCGAGUGGGCACAGUCAUUCAGCUGAUGCAUACACUAAAGUACUACUACUGGGCCGUCAACCCUGUGGACAGCAGUGGCAUCACACCAAAGGGUCUUGAUGGUCCAAGGCCGACCCAGAAAGAAAUUAUUUCUCUGCGGGCAUUCAUGCUUCUCUUCCUCAAGCAACUCAUCCUGAAGGACCGAGGUGUGAAGGAGGAUGAGCUGCAGAGCAUCCUGAACUAUUUACUAACAAUGCAUGAGGAUGAGAAUCUGCAUGAUGUUUUGCAGUUGGUGGUAGCCCUCAUGUCUGAGCAUCCAGCCUCCAUGAUCCCUGCUUUUGACCAGAGAAAUGGAAUACGGGUAAUGUACAAGCUCAUGGCCUCGACGAGUGAAAGCAUUCGAGUACAAUCCCUCAAAGUCCUUGGUUACUUCCUCAAGCAUUUGGGCCACAAGAGGAAGGUAGAGAUCAUGCAUACACACAGCCUCUUUACUCUCCUGGGAGAGAGGCUCAUGCUGCACACCAACACUGUGACGGUGACGACCUACAACACUCUGUAUGAGAUUCUGACAGAGCAGGUGUGCACACAGGUCGUUCACAAACCUCAUCCUGAGCCCGACUCCACUGUCAAGAUUCAGAACCCAAUGAUUCUUAAGGUUGUAGCAGCCCUAUUGAAGAACUCCUCUGCAAGCACAGAGCUGAUGGAGGUUCGGCGGCUCUUCCUUGCAGACAUGAUCAAAUUGUUCAGCAACAGUCGAGAGAACAGACGGUGUCUGCUUCAGUGCUCUGUAUGGCAGGACUGGAUGUUUUCUCUUGGCUACAUCAAUCCUAAAAACUCUGAGGAGCAGAAGAUCACUGAGAUGGUGUACAACAUCUUUCGUAUUCUGCUCUACCAUGCCAUCAAGUAUGAGUGGGGAGGAUGGCGUGUGUGGGUGGACACACUCUCUAUAGCCCACUCUAAGGUGACAUAUGAGGCACAUAAAGAGUACUUGGCUAAGAUGUACGAAGAGUACCAGCGCCAGGAGGAGGAGAAUAUUAAGAAAGGGAAGAAGGGGUUGGUCAGUACCAUCUCUGGUCUAUCUGCUCAGGCCUCUGGCAUCAAGGGUACAAUUGAGAUCAGAGAGAUGGACGAUAACUCUCAGACACCUGAAAGUGAGACAGACUAUGAGAGUACCGACUCGCGUAACCUGCUGGCUGAAGGGAAGGGGUCUGAAGAGGGUCUGAGUGGAACAGAGACUACGGUAGAUGGGGUCAAGGUUGAAGUUCACGACCUUCUGGUGGACAUCAAGGCUGAAAAGGUGGAGGCUACUGAGGUUAAACUGGAUGAUAUGGACGUGUCCUCUGAAACUCUGGGAGUAUCUGAGAAUGGAACACUUGUAGAGGUGGAUACUCUAUUGGAUAAUGUCUAUUGUGCUGCUGUGGAAAAGCUCAACAGUAACGCUAACAGUGUGUUGUUGCCAAAGGACAGCAUGGAUGACCAAAAUGCACCCCCUCUCAUUACACUAGAUGAUGACAAGGACAGUAUCCAUAACAGUUUCCUUUUUGGCAAGGUUAGAGGCAGCAUGGAGGACAAGCUACUGCCUGAUCUCAGUCCAGCUGAGCCUCUGGUCCUGCCCAGCCCAAAGCCUCCAGUGCACACCAGCGCCAGCGAUGAACCUGGCCUUCUGGGCAUAACAGGCAGCUCUGAGCUUGGCUCCUUACCUAGUAUCCUUGAGAAGGAUGAGUUUGAACUACGGGCAGUCUUGGAGGGCAUCAGCUCUGUGCUUGGUACUGAGGCUGAGGCCUCCUGCAAAAGCCCAAAGGUCACUGAGGGCACAGCUGCAGGAGCAUCUGACGGGGAUCCCAUGGCUGGUAAGACCAGAAGUGCAACAGAUGCAACAAGCAACACUUCUGACACGGAGAGAUCAGAUGACGGCAAGGACAAGGAGAUAAAGAAGAUUCAGACAACAGCCACCACACAGAGUCAACAUGGCCGCGCUGCAACUCAAUUGGAGAGGGACAUACGUGUGGAAAUGGGCUUCAGGGGGACGCCCAUGACAGAGGAACAGCGACGUCAGUUCAGCCCCGGCCCACGCACCACCAUGUUCCGCAUCCCAGAGUUCAAAUGGUCAGCCAUGCACCAGAGACUGCUCACUGACCUGCUGUUUGCACUGGAGAGUGACGUCCAUGUCUGGAGGAGCCACUCCACCAAAUCUGUCAUGGACUUUGUUAAUAGUAAUGAGAACAUCAUUUUUGUCCACAACACCAUCCACCUCAUUUCACAAAUGGUAGACAACAUCAUUAUCGCGUGUGGAGGGAUUUUGCCCCUUCUCUCAGCGGCCACCUCUCCUUCUAGUGCCAAGACGGAGUUGGACAACAUCGAGGCAACACAGGGCAUGUCCUCAGAGACCGCCAUCACUUUCCUGUCCCGUCUCAUGGUUAUGGUGGACGUGUUGGUGUUCUCAAGCUCCCUCAACUUCAGUGAGAUUGAGGCUGAGAAGAACAUGUCCUCUGGUGGCCUGAUGCGUCAGUGCCUCAGACUCGUGUGUUGUGUGGCUGUUAGGAACUGUCUGGAGUGCAGGCAGAGACACAGAGACAGAGGAAAGAAGUCUUCCAUUCCCAACAACAACAAGACUCAGGAAAUCCUGCUAAAUGCUGUGACUUCUAGCAAGGACCCUGAUCGCCUCCUGCAGGAUGUGGACAUUAAUCGUUUGCGGGCUGUGGUGUUUCGUGAUGUGGAUGACAGUAAGCAAGCCCAGUUUCUGGCUUUAGCUGUGGUGUACUUCAUCUCUGUCCUCAUGGUCUCCAAGUACCGCGACAUCCUGGAGCCCCAACGUGAGACUGCCAGGAUAAGCAGCCAGUCAGGCCGCAGCAUGCGUCAGGAGAUCAACUCACCAACCAGCACAGAAACACCUCUAGCACCUGACAGCAGUAAGGACCAUCCUGGGCCACCAGAAGACCUCUACAUGGAGAACUCUCUUCCUCACACAGAUUCUGGCAUCGGAGAGGAGCAGGUAGCCAGUGUCCUUAAUGGGUCUGACCUAGACCACACUGCUGGAGGGCUGGACGCCAUGAGUGAGCAGAUAUCUACAUUGUCCUCAGAGGUGAAGAAGUCCCGGGAGAGUCUGUCUGAGUCGCCCAGCGUAAAGGUGCUGAAACAGCCCUCUUCCAUCACCGGCAUGAGUCAGCCCAACAAGGGCAUCAGUGUCAAGGAGAUUCUGAAGAGCCUGGUGGCGGCUCCAGUCGAGGGAAUGGAGGCCGGGCUGGAGCCUGUGUCCUACCCAGACCCCGCUGCCAAAGCCCAGGCCCAGGCCAUGCUGCCCAUGCAGUUUCAUUCCUUUGACAGGAGUGUGGUGGUGCCUGUGAAGAAAACCUCCCCUGGCAGCCUAGCAGUUAACACGGUGGGAAGCAGCAGCAGCACCUCUGCUGGGCUGACAGUUGGCAGCACCCCCAACAUCUUUGCUGCUGCCUCUGUGAUGCCCAAAAGCAUGAUCAACACCACGGGAGCCACUGAUGCAGCCCCCUCUACCUCAUCAUCCUCCAGUUUUGUCAAUGGAGCCACCAGUAAAAAUCUGCCUGCGGUGCAGACGGUGGCCCCCAUGCCUGAAGACACAGUAGAAAACAUGAGUGCCUUUUGUGAAGUGGAACAGUGUCCGCUACGCCAGGGACUGACACCUCCUGAGCUCAAACCCUUUAGCUCCCUGACAGGAUUACAGGCAGCCUCAAGAGGUGCAGGCCAAUGUCUUAGCAUUACUACAAAGCUGGAGAGGGCCUUGGAGAAGGUGGCGCCCCUGCUGAGGGAGAUCUUUGUGGACUUUGCACCUUUUCUAUCGCGUACCCUGCUGGGCAGCCAUGGUCAAGAGUUGCUCAUAGAAGGUUUAGUAUGUAUGAAGUCAAGCACCUCAGUGGUGGAGCUUGUCAUGCUACUUUGUUCUCAGGAAUGGCAGAACUCUAUUCAGAAGAACGCUGGCCUGGCCUUCAUUGAGCUAAUCAACGAAGGAAGGUUGCUCUGUCAUGCCAUGAAGGACCACAUAGUUCGGGUUGCCAACGAGGCUGAAUUCAUCCUGAACAGACAGCGAGCAGAGGACGUCCACAAACACGCUGAAUUUGAGUCCAACUGUGCCCAAUAUGCUGCUGAUAGAAAAGAAGAAGAGAAGAUGUGUGACCACCUGAUCAGUGCUGCUAAACACAGAGACCAUGUGACGGCCAAUCAGUUAAAGCAGAAAAUCGUCAACAUCCUCACCAACAAGCAUGGUGCCUGGGGGACACUGGCCCAGAGUCAGCUGCAUGACUUCUGGCGUCUCGACUACUGGGAAGAUGACUUGCGGCGGAGGCGGAGAUUUGUCAGAAACCCAUUUGGCUCCACCCACUUAGAUAUCACAUGCAAGUCACUGCAGGAGUAUGGCUCAGAGGAGGAUGAGGUGGUCAAGUCUAAGAAGGCCUUCCGCAGCCAAGCUGCGGCCAGCCAGAACCCUGAGACAGAGCUGAUGCUUGAGGGAGACGACGAUGCUGUCAGCCUGCUGCAGGAGAAGGAGAUGGACAACCUGGGUGCACGGUUCCUUCCUCGCGUGUUUAUCUCCAGAGGCCCAGUGGUUCUGAGCAGCCCGGCCCAGCUCGUUGCCCCGGUCCUGGUGGCCCGCGGGACUCUGUCCAUCACCACCACCGAAAUCUACUUUGAGGUGGACGAGGAUGACCCUGCCUUCGACAGGGUCGACCCAAAGGCCUUGGCAUACACUGAGGGCCUACAUGGGAAGUGGAUGUUCAGUGAGAUCCGGGCAGUCUUCUCCAGACGCUACCUCCUUCAGAAUACAGGGAUGGAGGUCUUCAUGGCCAACAGAACAUCGGUCAUGUUCAACUUUCCUGACCAGGCCACAGUAAAGAAAGUGGUCUACAGUCUUCCUCGAGUGGGAGUAGGUACCAGCUAUGGACUUCCACAAGCCAGACGCAUCUCCCUGGCCACCCCUCGACAGCUUUUCAAGUCCUCCAACAUGACCCAGCGCUGGCAGAGAAGAGAGAUCUCCAACUUUGAGUACCUCACGUUUCUCAACACUAUCGCAGGGAGGACAUACAAUGACCUGAACCAGUACCCUGUCUUUCCCUGGGUCCUCACCAACUACGACUCUGAGGAGCUGGACCUGACCUUGCCAGGGAACUUCAGAGAUCUCUCAAAGCCUGUUGGUGCUCUGAAUCCGAAGCGCGCCGCAUUCUACGCUGAACGCUAUGAGACGUGGGAAGACGACCAGACGCCACCUUGUCAUUACAACUCCCACUACUCCACCGCUGCCACCACCCUGCACUGGCUUGUCAGAAUAGAGCCCUUCACCACGUUUUUCCUCAGUGCCAAUAAAAACAAAUUCGAUCACCCUGACCGCACCUUUUCCGCCAUUGCCCGCUCCUGGAGAAACUGUCAGAGGGACACCUCCGAUGUAAAGGAACUGAUUCCUGAGUUCUAUUACCUCCCGGAGAUGUUUGUCAACAGCAACGGCUACCAUUUGGGAGUGAGGGAGGACAGGACCAUGGUUGGUGACGUCGACUUGCCAGCCUGGGCCAAGAAGCCUGAAGACUUUGUUAGGAUAAACAGGAUGGCCCUGGAAAGCGAGUUUGUGUCAUGUCAGCUGCAUCAGUGGAUUGACCUUAUUUUCGGCUACAAGCAGCGAGGCCCAGAGGCGGUGCGUGCCCUCAACGUCUUUCACUACCUGACUUACGAGGGCUCCGUCAACCUGGACAGUAUCACUGACCCAUCGCUCAGAGAGGCCACAGAGGCGCAGAUCCAGAGCUUUGGACAGACGCCAUCUCAGUUGCUUAUUGAGCCACAUCCUCCACGCAGUUCCGCCAUGCACCUGUGUUUCCUUCCACAGAGUCCUCUCAUGUUCAAGGACCAGAUGCAGCAGGAUGUCAUCAUGGUGUUGAAGUUUCCAUCCAAUUCGCCGGUGACCCAUGUGGCCGCCAACACCCUGCCCCAUCUUAUCAUACCUGCUGUGGUCACCGUCACCUGCAGCCGCCUAUUUGCCGUCAACCGAUGGCACAACACAGUCGGUCUCCGAGGAGCACCAGGCUACUCUCUGGAGCCGGCCCAUCAACUACCCAUAGAGAUGGAUUCUCUGGUUGCCAACAGUACUGGAAGCAACAAGCGUCAGAUCACAGACCUAGUGGACCAGAGCAUCCAGAUCACCACACACUGUUUUGUGGUGACAGCUGACAACCGCUACAUCCUGGUGUGUGGCUUCUGGGACAAGAGCUUUCGUGUGUACUCCUCAGAGACAGGCAAGCUGACCCAGAUAGUUUUUGGCCACUGGGAUGUUGUGACAUGUCUGGCCAGGUCAGAGUCGUACAUUGGAGGAGACUGCUACAUCGUCUCUGGGUCCAGGGAUGCGACCCUGCUGCUUUGGUACUGGAGUGGGCGGCACCAUAUUAUCGGCGACAACCCCAAUAACAGUGACUACCCAGCCCCACGAGCAGUUCUGACGGGUCAUGACCAAGAAGUCGUGUGCGUGUCGGUCUGUGCAGAGCUGGGCCUGGUCAUCAGCGGAGCCAAAGAGGGUCCAUGUCUGGUCCACACCAUCACAGGGGACCUGCUGCGGGCUCUGGAGGGGCCAGUCCACUAUCAGUGCCCACGGCUCAUCUCAGUGUCCAGCGAGGGCCACUGCAUCAUCUACUACGAGAGGGGCCGCUUCUGUAACUUCAGCAUUAAUGGCAAACUGCUGGCACAGAUGGAGGUCAAUGAUUCCACCAGGGCAAUCCUCCUAAGCAGUGACGGCCACAACCUGGUGACAGGCGGGGACAAUGGCGUGGUGGAGGUGUGGCAGGCUUGUGACUUCAAACAGCUCUACAUCUACCCAGGCUGCGACGCUGGCAUCCGAGCCAUGGAUCUAUCACAUGAUCAAAGGACUUUGAUCACAGGCAUGGCCUCCGGCAGCAUCGUGGCAUUCAAUAUCGAUUUCAACCGGUGGCAUUAUGAGCAUCAAAACAGGUACUGAGGACAUAGAUCCACGCGGCAGAGGGCAAAAGCGCGGAGGGUUAAGAGGAACACCUACCAACCAGUGACCGAACUGUGCUGCAGAAGACCCACAGAACCCGGAGGAGAUCCAGUGGGCUAGAGAACACCAGCACGGUGUAGCUCGUAAAGAACAAGUGUGCUUGCACAUGUUCAUCUGGCCUCUUGUUCAGGCAGACUCGUUGCCAUUCGUCUGUUGCUGAACAAUCAUUUUCUGCUGGAUUCAUGUCCUACCUGAGCACCAGCAGAAGAAUUUCCCCAACUGAGUCAAGCGGGUCUGGUUUUUGUGGACAAGGAGAGAUUGAGAUCAACUAAAGUCAACAAAAUUACACAGUUAAGUUUAAAAAAAAAAAAAAAAAGCCAAUGUAAGCUUUUAAGUUCCUGUUUCAAACUGUGAAAAUGCAAAACAAAAGGAAUCCUCUGUUAGGAACAUUUAUACAACAUUUGUAUGACAGAUACAUAUCUCACUUGGAACACUUUUCUAGGAAAAAAAAGUUAACCUGUAAAUAUGAACAAUGUAAAGUGUUUCUUCCCUGUAAAGGCUGAGAUAAAGAUCUUAAUGCUGUUAGACUAGCCACCAUGUUACCAACAUUUCAAUCAUGCGAGCCAUUUAUAAAAACGUUCAACGCGUCUUCAUAGCACUUCAGAUAUUAGUUGGUUAGUGAUACAUGUAUAUGGCCAUUGUUUGCUCAUUGUAACAGUGGUCAGAUGUAUGUGUAUGUGAAAAGACUAUGUUCACUGUUAAUUUGUUGUUUGAAUGUUUAUAUGGAAGAAAAGUCUAAUUUAGUGUGAGCUUAGUCCUUUGUGAAGUAUUUGUUUUUGAUUAUGUCAGCAGAAAGGAUAAAUUGUGAUAUUUCCGUACUUACUUUAAAAUUGAGGACUAUUUUGUUUAUUAAUGGAAAGAAUUUAAAUUAUUUACUGUACGAUCUAAAAAUGAUUCAAGGGGAACAUGUGUAACAGCAUUUAGCAAUCUUUGGUUUUUGUUAUUUCAUUUUCUUCCAAAAACUUAUCCUGAGAAGUAAAUACUAGAUCUUCUGGAUAAUUUCUCAUGACCGCCAACGUCUUUGUGGUUAAGCUAUAAGACGUUUUGUAAAGAGGACGUGUCACUUUUAAGACAUUCAACAAUUGUUGGUACUGCAAACAGUAAUUCUGUUACUUGUGCAUCUCCGUUUGCCUAUUUUUGCACAAAACGUGCGCUCAUCCAUUUUAAAUCUGUGAAAUCAUGAACACAAGUUCAUGCUGUAACAUCAUGCACUGGUAAUGCCAUAUUAUGACUUGGUUGCUGAAAAGGUCUAAGGAAGGUUUUUCAGCUGUGUGACAGUAAAUGAUCUAAUGACGAACAGGCGAGUGUUCCUAAAGUGACUCUGGUCUAUUUUUGGUGAUAUGAAAGCAACUGUGUCUGCAUUUAAUUGCUGAAACGAGGAGUCGGUCGCUGUGAACUGACAAUUUCAAAUGAACAAAAACAUGCAAACGGUUUGGAGUUUGCAUUCUGAUUUUUUUUUUUCUAGUUGUGCCACAGGACACCACCCUAUCCAAAGCUCAAGUUUUGCAUGCUAGGAGCUACAGAAGGCAUUGGGUUUACUUUGCUUUUCUUGUGAAAUCAUUUUCAUUAUUGUGAAUUUACAUUUGACAAAAAGUAAUCAUUUUAUUAAUGUUAGCAUUAAGCAGCGCAUUUUGAUUUUAUGUAAAUUUUUAAAGGUCUCUUAUGAUUUGUAUUGCGAAUUGUUUUUGCACAUGUUUUGGAAGAGGUAGGAAUGUUUGAAGCUUAUGC